ACCUGGAGAAUGCCGAAAGCACCAUACACACACACAACCGGCCCAUUUACACAGAUCCUGGCCAUUCAACCACUCCCCACCACGCCAGUAGCCUCUCUCUCUCUGUCUCGCAUUAGGCUUUUUUUAUGCACAAAGGUGCCUUGACUUUUUUCUGAAAGUGGGUUUUUGUGCACAUGCUAACAUGGCCACCAUCGACAAAGCCAAGUUGCAGGAGUUGAGUGAUAUUGCCAACAAGUUGAGAAUCGACAGCAUAAAUGCAACUAAUGCUGCCAGCUCUGGGCAUCCGACAUCAUGUUGCAGUGCUGCAGAAAUCAUGUCGGUUCUGUUCUUCCACGUCAUGAAAUACAGGCUGGACAAGCCAAGAGACCCUGCCAGCGACCGCUUUAUCAUGUCAAAGGGUCAUGCUGCUCCCAUUCUCUACGCUGCCUGGGCAGAGGCAGGUCUCUUCCCUGUGGAUGACCUCCUGACCCUGCGCAAGAACACGUCCAUCCUGGAGGGCCAUCCCACACCAAGACAGAACUUUAUUGAUGUGGGCACUGGCUCCCUUGGUCAGGGCCUCAGCAUUUCAUGCGGCAUGGCCUACAAUGCCAAGUACUGGGAGAAGACUGACUACCGCACGUACUGCCUGAUUGGUGAUGGGGAGAGCUCCGAGGGAAGCGUCUGGGAGGCCUGUGCCUUUGGCAGCUACUACAAGCUGGACAACCUGGUGGCCAUCUUUGACGUGAACCGACUUGGCCAGAGCCAGGAGGCUCCCCUGCAGCAUGAGACUGACAUCUACAGGCGCCGGCUGGAAGGAUUUGGUUGGCAUGUUUGCGUGCUGGAGGAUGGCCACAGUGUGGAGGAGCUGUGCAAGGCAUUCUUUGAGGCUAGUCAAGUGAAGGACAAGCCCACUGCCAUCGUGGCCAAGACUCUGAAGGGAAAGGGCAUUCCAGGUGUUGAGAAUGAGCUGAACUGGCACGGCAAGCCGCUGGGAGACAAAGCCGCAGCUGCUAUCAAGGCCAUCAGCGGCCUCAUCAACAACAAGGGGCCUAACGCCCUCAAGGCUUCCUCCCCAUCCCAAGAACUCCCAGUCCACGACAUCUCCAACAUCAAGCUAUCCUCUCCUCCCGACUACACCCUGGGACAGAAGGUUGCUACCCGUGUGGCUUACGGAACUGGCCUGAAGAAGAUCGGCGAGAAUAACAAGUACGUGGUGGCCAUGGACGGCGACACCAAGAACUCCACCUAUGCUGAUACCUUCCGCAAAGCUUUCCCCGACCGUUUCAUUGAGUGCUUCAUCGCCGAGCAGAACCUUGUGGGCGUGGCCAUUGGCACCACCACCCGCAACCGCAAUGUGGCCUUCGUCAGUACCUUUGCUUGCUUCCUGAGCCGGGCCUACGACCAGAUCAGGAUGGGCGCUAUCUCGGAGACCAACACCAACUUCUGCGGCUCCCAUGCUGGCAUCUCUAUUGGUGAGGACGGUGCAUCCCAGAUGGCCCUGGAGGACAUCGCUAUGUUCCGUGCCAUCCCAGGCUCUACGGUCUUCUACCCUAGCGACGCCGUGUCCUGCGAGCGAGCCGUUGAACUGGCAGCCAACACCAAGGGCAUCUGCUUCAUCCGGUCCAGCCGCCCAGCCACCCCGGUCUUCUACAGUGGCACUGAACCUUUUGAAGUCGGCAAGGCCAAGGUGGUGCGUCAGAGUGCCGACGACAAAGUGACCGUUAUCGGUGCCGGCAUCACGUUCGAUGAGGCCAUGAAGGCCUACGAUGACCUAGCCAAGGAGGGCAUCAACGUCCGGGUGGUCGACCCCUUCACCAUCAAGCCCCUGGACAAGGACACCAUCCUGGCUGCGGCUAAGGCUACCGGUGGCAAGGUGGUGACUGUGGAGGAUCACUAUGCACACGGUGGUAUUGGGGAGGCAGUGGCUGGCGCCCUCGCAGCCCACUCUGGCAUCGUCAUCAAGUCCCUGUGCGUCCGCGAGGUUCCCCGCAGUGGCACCAAGGACUUCCUGAUGGACCACUUUGGCAUCAGUGCCAAGCAGAUCAAGGAAGCCGUCAAAGAGCUGCUGGCCUAGGCCAAAGGUUUGUGUGGACCCUUUCCAACUGCAUGUGGAUUCCAACCAACCAAUCUGUGGAGCCUAUAUUGAUUUCCUUUAAGUGACCCAUAGGGGUACAAAUGGAUGUUUGAAUGGUCAUUCCCUUAAUAUGCAAUCCAAAAGGUGCGUCUAUACCUCACCUGUGUUUUAAGACACUCUAACUUUCAUGCUAACAACGCAGUAGCUUUUACGGGCCAAAACAGUAGUAGGAUGGGACGCCGUAUUAUCGCGGUUUCUCGUUCGGAAUAGAGAUUGCCCACUAACCUUCCUGAAUUGUCCUGUCUUUUAUGUGGUAUAACUCUUCCUUUUCAAAUUGAUAUAAACAAAUCCGACGGUGGUGUGGUUUAUUCCGUGUACGAUGCCUGUGAAAAUAGACAUGCUUGGAGUGUGCGAACCGAGGUGGACACCCUAUUAUCGCGGUAUGCGGGAAGUGGUUUUUAUAAUGAUCUCAACUUUUUUUCAUAGUUAAUGUUUGACCAAACAUCCCCUGAAUAAAGUCUGAUAUUUCCCCUGUAACGUUCAAGUUGAUUAAAGACUAUGCCUGCAGGAUGAUUUCUUAAGGCCCUGCCCCUCCCCCAAAAGGAGAACAAAAAUCACUGAUUGGCAAUUGGGGGCGCCAUUCACUUUACACAGUGUGCCUUUUUCUUUUUAUGGACGCGCUGUCCUUAUUGAUCCUGUAAAAAAAUGUACGAUUUCGCGCUGGAAAUAUCGUCCUUCAGUGUCAUUUCGCAUUUUCAGCAAUGGAACUUUCAUUGACAGAGCACCAUUAAAGAUUAUAUUAAAAUAUAUACGGUAACUUUUAGCAGACACGGUGAGGAAACAUUUUCAAGUUUUGGAAAACGUGAAUAUUUAUUAAAAAAAUCAUUAAAAGUCCUGAAAGACACAACAUUUUGUAAUCGUCCUUUUUAUACAACUGGGCAGAAAGUCCUUAAUGCCUGGUGAACUGGAUAAAAAUUUCCACUUGAAGGAGUUUUGGCAACGCAAAACGAGAAAUUUCCGAUGCCGCGAUAAUAGGGAGUCCGACUAUACUGUUUUUUACUAGCUCUCCAGUUAAGUGAUACAGAAUAGUAGUAAUGUAGUAAUCAGUUGUCCCUCCAAGUGUUCAAUGUAAUUCACGCACAAUUACAUCUUAUACUGUUGAUACUAUUUACAUAGUUCCAAUGUAAUGGCAGCUGAUGUCAAGCAAUGUAGUAAUCAGUUGUCCCUCCAAGUGUUCAAUGUAAUUCACGCACAAUUUACAUGUUGUACUGCUGAUAGUAAUUACAUAGUUCCAAUGUAAUGGCAGCUGAUGUCAAGCUAACACAAUGUGCACAUAUUCAUUGAACAUGGCUUUAAUCGAAAGUGCCAUGUUCACCAUGAAUGUAGUGUCGCCCAACUUGACCCUUUCCUUACCACAUUGUUUAUUGACUUGGCUCUCCCCGGAACCAAAUUGUGUGCUCAGUCGUGCGGAAAUCACUAGAACAUGAGAAAUGGCCCACAAGUUGAAAAGUCACCGCCAAGGAGUGAUUAAAAUCAAUGGUGUUGUGUGUAAAGAUUGUUCUUGAUGUAAAAACCAAGGCCAUAAUGUGCAAAAAUAAGAAAGUUAUGCCUGUUUUUUUUUGGUAUCUGGUCCCAUUAUCAAACUGCAAGCCAUUUCACCACAUGACACUCUAUACCUCAAAGAAGCACUUUUCUUAAAUGUUUGUAAUGGCAACACUAUAAUUAACUACAUCAUUAAAACGAUCCGAAAACACUCUUUCAUCUGAUAAAUAUGGUGUAUGUAUGGGUGGCAAAACAUACCAAUAUGCCAGCUUGCUGAAAGCAGUGAAUAAAUCUGUGUCGAGUGUGUUCUGUGUGUGGUUUCCUUGUCGACAAAAGUCGCCCAUGGUAAGGAAAGGGUUCAACAUUGAAUGAUGAAGGAUGUGUGUAGUGGGGAUAUUAACAAAUCAUGAUUCUUUCUCUCUUUAAAUCUCGUCUUCUGUGCACAGAUUGUCCAAUUAUAGCAGCUUAAUUGGGUUUUUUUGGUUGAGGAUAUAUUUUUUUGUGAUGCAUUUAUUUUUUAAAUAGAUCUUUCAAUUAUAGUACUCAUUAGAUAUACUUCCAAAGUACAAUCAUAAAUCCUUGGUUUAACCAAAUAUAGUAUAGUUUUUGUAAAACAGAUUUAUCUAGUUGAAAUGUUCUCUAUUAUAAAUUGUUCCAUGUUAUUGAAUUACAUUUUCAAUCUAUUAGUAACGAAUACAUUUUCGUGUUUUUUUUAUACAUUUGCUAAAACGAGAACAUCUUAACAAAUGCUUACACAGAUUUGCACUUUGUGCAUAGCCUAUGUUUGAAUUAAAAAAAAAACACUUUAGUCUAAAAAUGCUGUUUGGAGAUAUAUGAAAGUUUAUGCAAUAACAUACAGUACAUGUUACAACAGAGUUCAUUUUAUUUUGUAGAACUGCACUACUCUGUAGGCAAACGUACAUGAACAUUGUACUUGUACCGGUAGAUGUGUACCUUUAAUUUUGUGCUGCACAUGAGUACAUAAAAUAACCCGUACACAUAUACUUAACUUUUAAAGAAAUGUAAUUAUACUAUAAUUCUCUUGGUUUGGGUUCCAGAUACAAAUUUAUACUUUGUAACAAAACAACAUUUCUUGAAAAGUAUAAGCAUGUUCGUCUAGGUGAUCAUAGAUUGCAUCAGCUAAAUAAAAUGAUCGGAGAACAUUCA